GUUGAGCAGCAACAGCUCGGAAACAUCUGGCCGCCGCAGAGCGCUAGACUCCCCGUCCCCCUCCGCAUGUCGCCUCGGCAGCCCUGUUAUGGAAAUUAAACCAAAGUCAAUCUAGUUGUGUCUCCUUAAGGAAGCGAGGAGGAGGAGGAGGAGGAGGAGGAAGAAAGGGGGGGAAAGAAAAAGAAGAAGGAUUUUGACGGAGUGGAGCUGGGGGGAAGACGUCGGACCGUGUUGUCUGUUAUGAGGACGGCAAGAUGGAGUUCCCAGACCACAGCAGACAUUUACUCCAGUGUCUGAGCGAGCAGCGGCAUCAGGGCUUCCUGUGCGACUCCACGGUGCUGGUGGGCGAUGCCCAGUUUCGGGCCCACCGGGCUGUGUUGGCCUCCUGCAGCAUGUACUUUCACCUCUUCUACAAGGACCAGCUGGACAAGAGAGACGUGGUGCACCUCAACAACGACAUUGUCACGGCCCCGGCCUUUUCCCUGCUCCUGGAGUUCAUGUAUGAGGGCAAGCUGCGGUUGCAGGACCUUCCCGUGGAGGAUGUGCUUGCGGCGGCCAGCUACUUGCACAUGUAUGACAUUGUCAAGGUGUGUAAGAAACGUUUGAAGCGGAAGCCCACGGCGGAGGCAGACAGCACGCGCAGAGAAGAGGACGGUGGGUCGAGCUGCUCCGAUAAGGCCGACAGUCUGUCAGAUGGCUCUACAGGCCGGCCUGCUACUGCAGACCUGCUGCACAGUGAUGAAGAGGAGGAGGUGAAGGCCGAGGGAGGACAGCUGUGGCUGAGGCUGCCGUCUGCAGACAGACCGGUGACACCGGCCACGGCUAGAACCAGCCCGGGGAACGCCGAGGCGGAGAUGCAGAGUGGGGAAGGUCAAGGGGAGGGAGGAAAGCUGCUCUCCCCGGCCGGCAGCCCCACCAGCUCCACCGGAUCCCUCUCACAGAGGUCCCAUCGCUCCGUGAGCUCUCGUGGAGGGCACAGGGGCAGGAGGGUGUCGAACGAUGCCGUCGACUGCGUCCUGGACCUGUCAGUCAAGCCAAUCGCCGGUAGCAACCACAGUAACCACCACCAGUCCUAUUUCAGCGGAGCAGCUACACCAGACAGCCUCCAGAGCCCGCUGGCUGUGAGGGUGAAGGUGGAGAGGGGUGUGGCUUCAGACGAGGACGAGGACCUGGGCGGUGGGGACUAUGACAUGGAGCACAGCGGCAUCACCAAGGCGACGGUUCCCAGUGUCAACGGGGGCCUGACCCACCACGGGGUCGGAGGGCCUCUGUCGGCCCAGCGGAGGCUCGGCCUGGAAGCGCACCUGUCCGCUCUGCGAGAGGCCUCGCUGGCCUCGGAGCUGGAGCGGGAGGAAAAGCCUUCGGCCACAGCGGACGACGAGGACAUACUGGGGGGCGAAAACGAGCGCACCCAGGUCGAUGUGGCCAGCAUGGAUAGCGCCCUGCUGCCCUACGUCUCCAACAUGCUGUCAGCUCAACACACCCAGAUCUUCAUGUGCCCGCUGUGCAACAAGGUGUUCCCCUCCCCGCACAUCCUCCAGCUCCACCUCAGCUCCCACUUCAGGGAGCAGGAGGGCAUCCGCUCCAAACCCGCCGGAGACGUCAACGUGCCCACCUGCACCAUCUGCAGCAAGACCUUCUCCUGCAUGUACACGCUGAAGCGCCACGAGCGGACACACUCGGGCGAGAAACCCUACACCUGCACCACCUGCGGCAAGAGCUUCCAGUACUCACACAACCUCAGCCGCCACGCGGUGGUGCACACGCGUGAGAAGCCGCACGCUUGCAAGUGGUGCGAGCGGCGCUUCACGCAGUCCGGGGACCUCUACCGACACAUCCGCAAGUUCCAUUGCGAACUGGUCAACUCGCUGUCAGUGAAGAGCGAACCGCUGGCGCUGCCCAAUGUCAGGGAUUGGGCGAUCGAGGACAGCUCCCAGGAACUGUGGAAGUAGAAACAGACUGCUGUGUUUGAUGAAGGGGAAGAGAGCGGAGAACGAUGGAGGGGCAGUGAGGCAUGGGGGAGGUGAAAGGGAGGAGGCAGAGUUUGAUAUUUUGGGGUUCAAGUGAGUCAUGUUCUUGUGUGUCGCAAAAUCUCAUUCAAUUGCACUUUAAUAGCACAUGAAAAUGUUACUACUGAGUUUUUUUUUUUUGUUGUUGCUGUUUGGGGUAAUUUCGUUGUAUUCUAUUUUAUUCUGAACUUUAUUUUUAUUUGGCAUAAGUUCUGUUUAGUGGUUUUUUUUAAUUGCGUCUAAGGACACGGGUCCCAGUGAGAAUGUCUCGCCUUCUCGAAGAGUUUUCACUCUGUUUGUGUUUCAUCUCAGACACGACACUCCGACGCUGGCCAGCGUCUCGGCCCCAGUUCCACAGACAGCAAACGCCACUGCAGGAGUUCAGGUCGAACACACUGAAGUGAAAAAAAAGCAUUACAAAACACUAAACGGGUACUGUGAUCACCGCACACACGCAGUUUGAAGAAGUGUGUGUGCGUGUGAUACUGCACUACUCUGGCAAAAAUUUCACCUGACGUGCGCGAGUGUGUAUGAGUGUGUUUUGUGUGUAUUCAUCUUUAUUUUCUACUGGCAUAGAGGUGUCGUUGGCGAAGCGCUCCCCGCUUCACUUGUUAAGCUCUUUGGUGUUGUGUGUUCAGGGUAAAGCUGACUGACUGACAGACGAACCGAUGGCACUCAUGCAAUGCACAGCCUCCUUUUUUCACUUCCAAUCAAUUUGAAGUAUUUUCUAAAAAAUGAAAAGACCUUUACAAAUUAUUAUAAUAAUUAUUAUUGUUAUUAAUAGAUUUUUUUUUUUCUUAAAUCUAGCUGGCAGUCUUUAAAAACUCUCUUGUUGGAAAAGGUAUUUAAUUUAAGGUUGUUGUAUAUUGUUCUGCUAUAGUUUUAGAAUUUAAAUCCGUUACAUUUUUUUUAAAUUAAUGAUUAUUAUUAUUAUUUUAUUUUUGAAUUACUUUUUUUUUGUAAUGGGACCUGCUGUUGUUGCAUGACGUCCAAACCUGUAUAUUUUAAAAUAAAAAUGUGAAUUUGCUGUAUUACUGUACACAUUGUAAUUGAUCAAAUAUUUGACAACAGGCUUUCAUUUUUCUUUUCUUUUCUUUGUGAAUACUACUCCAGGGUGCGGUCUGUUGAAAAACUGAAUAUUAUUCUCACGACGUUGGGGAAAAAAAUGCAUGAACAUUUGAUUUUGUCUUAAACCUUUAAGUUGUGUUUUUUGCAUCGGGGUUGGGGGAGAUGUUUGAACAUAACACUUUUGACAGUGAAAAGUUAUUUCUACUCGUCGUAGGUCUGUCGCUGGGCUCCUAGAAGAAUGUUACCGAAUGUGUCGGACGUUGAAGCGAUGUGAUGAAGCAUUUUAAGCCUGUGUGUAUAUGCACUGAUCUCUCUGCUGCGUGUGUUUGUGCGUGUGUUUAUGAACGUGUGGCUCGGUUGUUACCAGUCAAUUUAACCUACUGAAGAUCUACGUCCACCCAGCACUUCCUCCUCCUCCUCCUCCUCCUGCUCCUCCUCCUCCUCAGGCGUUCAAUUUCUCCCACUGCUGUGUGUUUUGUUCUUUCCACCUCUCAUGUCUCCGUCCUCUCCAGCUCUAGACGUGGUAAAGCCAUCUCUUAAUUAUUUCUGCUCUUGGGGCACUUACUUCAGGUCUGUUGAGUGCAGUUAUGUGGCUCUGACUUGGCUAAAGCGAGAAGAAUAACGAUGGAGAGAGAGAAAAACAAAAAGGCUGAAAACUGAGCUGUCCUGCUGAAAGUUGAAGGGUCAGAUAUCUUUGUCACGAGCUGAGCGGGGCCGUGCUGAUUCAGUACAAUAACCCACAUUAGACGCAGUGGCGUGAAUGCAAUGUGUGUAUGUGUGUGUGUGUGUGUGUGUUUUCCUCUUAAAAACAUAAUCCUUACUUUGAGAUCGAUGGGAGAGAAUUGGCAUGCCUGAAUGCACCUUUUUAAGCUAAAAGACAUGAAAUCAGAUUUUUUUGCUGAAAAGAUGCCUUUAUAAAAUAAAAAAACAUUUCUGACGCUUUGGAAGUAUUUGAUACUGUAGAGCAUUAGGAAAUAGUUGUUAAACUCAUGCAUAAAUUCAUGGAAUUUAUUGAAUUUAUCAGAAAAUGAUGUCUUAUUUUAAUUUGAUCAUGUGAUUGGGAAAACUCAUUUUUGUAUGUGAAUGUUGUGUUUGAGUUGGGGGCGACGUCAGUUUAAUAUAUAUCUUUUUUUUUUUUUUUUUUUUUUUUAAACCUCUGUAUCUCAAAUUUUUUUAAUUAAAAUUUUCAAAGUAAUGGUCAAGCGUUUAUACAAUCCAAAAAAACAUUUGACACAGAGAUACCGAAAAGUGAACGCUCCACAUUUCCCCCUCACUCAGUGUGUUUAUAUGUGUGUGUGUGUGUGUGUGUGUGUGUGUGUGUGUGCACGCCCCCAUUGAUGUGCAUGUGGUGGGUGGGGUGGUUGUAUGUGUUGCCCUGUCAUCUGGUGGCACCUACAGGCUUUGCCAAGGCAACCGUGUGGGUGCCAUUGCGGCAGUUUGCACCGCAUCUUCAAUUUUAUUUUUUUCUCUUGAAACGUUAUUUCUUCACUGGCAGCGUCUCUGCAUAUGGGCUCACUCCAUCCUGCUGUUGUUUUCAUCAUUACUGCUGUUUUUUUUGUUCUGUUCCUCUGGUUGUACUUGACCGCCUUAAACUGCUGUAGUCCGGGCUGUUAUAUUUUAUUUUAUUUUUAAAGUGUGAGCGUGGGGUGGAGUUGUGGGAGCGAUGUCAGCCGCUCAAGACGCUGUGAAGUAACCACCCUGACGAAACAUCUCCAUCUUUUGCUGUGCUUACUUGAAAACAAAUGGGGGGG